GGAUGAAUAAUCCCGCGCAUACAAAUGACAUCGACACAUGCGAAUCUGUUCGGGUGACAUUCAGGACAGUGUUUCCCUGCAUCUGUGUGUCCUUCCUCUCAGCUCAGCCAUGUCUGAAAUCUAGCAGAUCUGCUUCAGAACAACACAUGUAUAUUGCUAGUCACAAUCCACAAAUUAUACGACAUCAACCCAAACUUUAAACAUACUCUGCAUUUCAUGACAGCUACGAGUGACUUUGAAAGUAUGGAUUUGCAGGUCCAGACUUUUGAUGCACAGCUACCAGUCGUUGCGUCAAUCUAUCCGUACCUUGAGCACUGGUCAUCUACAUCUUUUCAAAGUCCAACCAGUCAUGAAGUAUUGAGCAUAUCAUCUCUCGUCCCUUCUACAGUCCUUACACUCAUGCCCCACUAUAAAUCUCCAGCUAAUGGAAACUUUUACCCAGAGCUUCAAUCUUUUACUGAAGUAACAUCAGAGCCUCAACCUCCAGAAACUUCAGCUCCUCCCUCUGGUUCUUCAGAGGCCCAAGAUGAAAAAACACUGACUUCACCAUUUCAUUUUGGUGAUAAUCCUCAAGACAUUCAGCAGAGGAAGCCAUCAGAUGGUGGCCCACUGGAAGAGGGAUCAGUAGGGCUCAUGUUGCCCAAAGAUCUCCCUCAUGAGCAGCCAGUCAAGUUCCUGGUAUUCCCAUCUGAGCUAGAGGACUCAUCGCCUCUCUGUGGUGUGAUGAGGAACUGCAGUGUCACAACUCAGCCACCUUUUCUAUCAAAGAAUCCUGUUAACCAGACAGGGAACAUCACUGCAGACUGUCCAAUUCUGGCCAGUGAUGGCCGACGGAUCGUUGGGGGAACAUUGGCAGCCAAGAACAAGUGGGGCUGGCAGGCCAGCAUGCACUGGAAAGGGAAACAUGUCUGUGGAGGUGCCAUCAUCUCCCCACACUGGGUCAUCACUGCAGCUCACUGUUUUGUUGAGUAAGAGGUGGACAUGUGGAAUGAAUGAAAGGAAGAGGAUACAUCA